AUACCUACGAAAGUUAGACUUAAAUUCAUUCGUGUAACAAUUAGAGGAUAACAAUUAAUUUAAUUAUUCAUCUUUAAUGAAUUAAUUAGCUUUCAAGAUUGAAAUGUACUAAUUUGUUUGUGUUAACUAAAUAUUAUAAACUGAAAUGUGAGCCAACAUAUCGCAUUAAUUACCAUUUUCAGAGAUGAUAAGGCAAACAUUAAAAUUCCGAAAGACUGUUACCAUCGUUUGUGUUUUAUCUUUAAUUAUCUUUAUAUUUCUUAUCCUUAGGCAAGACAAAUUAAAUACCACUGAUAUUAGGGGCCCGCACCAAAGAAGCGAUAAUGACAUAGGUUAUAGAGAUUUUAAUAAAAUGCCAAAAGAGGAUAAUAUAAUUAAACGGGAAAACGUAGAUAUGGAGGGAAAUCGUGAUGAUAGUGAUGUUAACCAGGAGCUACAAGAAGCCAAAGCUAGACUCGCCCUGUUAGAGAAAAAAAUAGCCAUUCUAGAAGGGAGGAUCCCACAAAAAUAUCCUGAUGUUAAAUAUCUUGGCUACAAAGAACGAAAAAGAAUAUUGGUAACGGGUGGUGCAGGAUUUGUUGGUUCGCACCUUGUAGAUGUUCUAAUGACACAAGGCCAUGAGGUGAUUGUGGUUGACAACUUCUUCACCGGCCGGAAAAGAAAUGUUGAGCAUUGGUUUGGGCACAGGAACUUUGAAAUGAUACAUCAUGAUAUUGUGAAUCCAUUGUAUGUAGAGGCCGAUGAAAUAUACCAUUUAGCCAGUCCGGCGAGCCCACCUCACUACAUGCAAAAUCCUGUUAAAACAAUAAAAACAAACACGUUGGGAACAAUCAAUAUGCUUGGCCUGGCGAGGAGAGUUGGAGCCAAGAUUUUGAUAGCGAGCACUUCAGAGGUUUAUGGGGAUCCUAUGGUGCAUCCACAACCCGAAUCUUAUUGGGGACAUGUCAAUCCUAUAGGGCCUAGAGCUUGCUAUGACGAAGGUAAGAGAGUGGCUGAGACAUUGGCAUACUCUUACGCAAAACAAGAGAAGGUCAAUGUGCGGGUGGCUAGAAUAUUUAAUACAUAUGGACCAAGAAUGCAUGUGUCGGACGGGCGAGUCGUGUCCAACUUCAUUAUGCAAGCCAUCCAAAAUUUAACUAUCACCGUUUACGGCAAUGGGAAGCAGACCCGAUCCUUUUGCUACGUAUCAGAUCUGGUUGACGGUCUCCUAGCCUUGAUGGAGUCUAGUUAUACUUUACCUGUAAAUAUUGGAAAUCCCGUUGAGCAUACAAUAGAAGAAUUCGCAGUAAUAAUAAAGAAUCUAGUCCCCGGUUGCCGGAGUACGGUGGCCACUGGCGCUGCGGUGGAAGACGACCCUCAGCGGCGCCGUCCCGACAUCACACUGGCACAAACGCAUCUCCAUUGGAAGCCUAAGGUAUCCUUGCAAGAAGGACUACAAAGGACAAUUGACUAUUUCAAAGAAGAACUAUCAAGAUACAACAUGGAGACAACAAAAAGAAAAAGCCAGCCAGUGCAUCCCAGAGCUAAGGCCAAUCCUUUAUCAGCCCUGACAUUUGGAUGGACCUUACCAAUAUUUUGGGGUGGUUUAAAGAAAGAAAUGGAGGAGCACGAUUUAUAUGAGCCACUUGAAGAACAUGCCUCAGGUCCAUUAGGCGACAAGUUUGCCCGUCUAUGGGAAGAAGAGGUGGCGAGUGCGGCAGGAAAACGUACACCGAGCCUUCUUCGAGUAAUCCUUAGAGCAUAUGCUGCGCGAUGCAUGCUCUAUGGAUUCGUUCUAUUGUUUAUGGAAUGCGGAAUUCGUAUAGCGCAGCCAGUUUUCCUCGGAAAACUAGUGGAGUACUACAGCCCUGAUCAGAAAACUGUGAAACCGAGGGAGGCCUACCUCUACGCGGGAGCGGUAGUUCUUUGCUCCGCUCUUAAUGUCUUCUUCGUGCAUCCGUACAUGAUGGCCAUUCUACAUAUGGGAAUGAAGUUCAGGGUCGCUUGCUGCUCCCUUAUAUAUAGAAAGUCACUGCGGCUAUCGAAGACAGCGCUCGGGGAAACCACAGUGGGGCAAGUUGUUAAUCUUCUGUCGAAUGAUGUGAAUAGAUUCGAUGUCGCGAUCAUCUUCCUGCACUAUCUGUGGAUAGGACCACUGGCUACCAUCAUUGUUACAUAUUUCAUGUGGCUCGAAAUCAGCUGGGCGGCGGUCGUCGGCGUCGGCUUUAUGUUGGCAUUUAUACCAUUGCAAGCAUACUUGGGCAAGCGUACAUCUGUAUUACGGUUGAAAACUGCCUUGCGGACUGACGAGCGCGUCCGGCUGAUGAAUGAGAUCCUAUCGGGCAUACAGGUCAUUAAGAUGUAUACCUGGGAGAAACCCUUCGCGGACCUCGUCGUUAAGGCGCGGAAGCAAGAAAUCAAAGAAAUACGUGCCACGUCGUACAUCCGCGGUGUUCUUACAUCGUUCAUAAUGUUCACUACGCGGAUAUGCCUGUUCUUCUCAAUACUCGCUUUUGUUCUGGUGAACAACGUCAUAAGCGCCAAACAAGUGUUCGUUGUUACCAGCUUUUAUAACAUCUUGAGGCAGACGAUGACAGUUUUCUUCCCACAAGGUAUAGCCCAGGUAGCGGAAGCUACAAUUUCAAUUAAACGUUUGCAAAGCUUUAUGCUCUAUGAAGAUACCAGCAAACCAGUGCCUGGUCUCGCGGAAAUACAGACUUCUACUAAAAAGGGUAAAGAACUUAUAGUAACACCGAGAGAGUCUGUUUUAUCAACAGAAGCGGCUGAUAUUAAAGAAGGAACUAAACCUAUCUUGGAACCAGAAACGUUCUUGAAGAAUGAAGACAAUGCUAAAGGAAAUGGUAAAUCCGGUGCUCCUCUAGAGUCGGGCGAAGAGGAUGACGAAGAAUUAGCAACUAAAGUCGAAGAAGAUGCCCGUGGAGUUCGACUUAAACAUGCCACAGCAAAAUGGAUCGUAUCGCAUUCUGAGAAUACUCUAACUGACAUGUCGCUAACCAUCAAACCUGGAAAGUUAAUAGCAGUAAUAGGCCCAGUGGGAGCCGGCAAGUCUUCGUUAUUACACGUGUUGCUGAAGGAACUACCGCUUCAAUCGGGCAGCGUUCACAUCGGCGGUACUGUUUCGUACGCCAGCCAAGAACCUUGGCUCUUUGCAGGAAGCGUCCGACAAAACAUUCUUUUCGGACAACCCAUGGAUCGGCCAAGGUACAACACGGUGGUACGAAGAUGUGCACUCGACCGGGAUUUCACGUUACUGCCACACGGAGACAAGACUGUAGUCGGUGAAAGAGGAGUCAGUCUUAGUGGAGGUCAACGUGCACGCAUAUCACUCGCGCGCGCUGUGUACAAACGCGCCGACAUCUACCUUCUGGACGACCCGUUGUCAGCCGUAGAUGCCCACGUGGGCAGGCAUCUGUUCGAGUCGUGCGUGGUGGGCUACUUGCGCAACACAACGCGGGUUCUCGUCACUCACCAACUGCAGUUCUUGCGAGAUGUCGAGCAGAUAAUCAUAUUAAAGAACGGCGCGAUAGCUGCGGCUGGUGACUUUGAAACCCUCAGCGCGUCCGGCUUGGACUUCGCCACUUUACUCGCAAGGGACGAGGCAGAGGAGGAAAAACCGGCCACCGAGGAUAAGUCCAACUUGGACAACGAGGAGUCAGUACUGCAGGGAAGCUUUCGGAAGAGACAGAUGAGCAUACAUUCUGUGAGUUCAGUAGACAACCUCACAGCAACAGCACCUCCCGAAGGCGGGAGAGAGGAAGCAGAGAUGCGUACAGCGGGCGCUGUAUCGGGCAAAGUCUACGGAGCAUAUUUGGGAGCGAGUGGUCACCCCCUACUUGUCACAUUGAUGGUAUUGGUGGCUGUCCUUGCACAGUUGUUGGGAUCAGGCUCAGAUUGGUGGACCAGUUUUUGGGUAAACGAGGAAGAAGAUCAUCCACGCUCAGAAAUGGUCAGUCUUGACAGGCAGAAUAUAUCGGACCCACUCAUGUACUCGGGCAACUUUACUGAUGCUCUUCUAGAAAACGCAAAAUUCAAAUCCGGAUUGACUAGAUACCAAUGCAUAUACAUCUACAGUGGCAUGGUAGUGGCGCUAGUGGUGAUAUCGCUACUUCGCUCGUUCAUGUUCUUCUCAAUGGCGAUGCGUGCGUCCACUCGGCUGCACAACAACAUGUUCGCCUCCAUAACUAGGGCGCCCAUGCGGUUCUUCCAUACAAAUCCGUCCGGCAGAAUAUUGAACAGGUUCUCGAAAGACAUGGGGGCCGUCGAUGAAGUAUUGCCGUCUGCUUUACUGGAUGUGUUACAGAUUGGAUUGUCACUUAUAGGUAUAGUAGUGGUGGUAGGUGUGGUGAACUACUGGCUGCUGCUGCCGACGGUGGCCAUCGGGCUGGUGUUCUACGGCCUGCGCAUCUUCUACCUGGCGUCAAGCCGCAGCAUCAAGCGCCUCGAGGGUGUGACACGUAGUCCCGUAUUCUCCCAUCUCAACGCGUCUCUACAAGGAAUUACUACCAUACGCGCUUUCGGUGCUCAAGAGGCUCUCAUAAGGGAAUUCGAUAACCACCAGGAUCUCCAUAGUUCUGCAUGGUACUUAUUUAUUGCAAGCUCCCGUGCUUUUGGAUUUUGGUUGGACCUUGUAUGCGUUGUUUACAUCGCUGUGGUUACACUUAGUUUCCUCGUCUUCGGAAAUGAGGAAUACGGCGGUAACGUUGGUCUGGCCAUCACGCAAGCGAUGGGGCUGACUGGUAUGUUCCAGUGGGGAAUGAGGCAGUCUACCGAGCUGGAGAAUCAGAUGACGAGUGUUGAGAGAAUACAGGAAUAUUCGAACAUCGAAUCCGAACCUCCCCUAGAGUCGGAACCCAAGAAGAAACCACCACCCUCGUGGCCAGAAGCAGGGAAACUCGAGUUCAAGCACGUCUACCUUUUCUACGCUCCCGGAGAACCGGCCGUGCUUAAAGACCUCAGCAUGGAAAUUUUACCGAAAGAGAAAGUUGGAAUUGUAGGAAGAACAGGUGCUGGCAAAUCGUCGCUCAUAAAUGCUCUAUUCAGGUUAGCGCAGAUCGAGGGUGAAAUUAUAAUCGAUGGUCGUGAAACUUCCACCCUUGGUCUCCACGAGCUGCGCAGCCAGGUCUCCAUAAUCCCCCAGGAGCCAGUGUUGUUUUCGGGCACCAUGCGACACAACCUGGAUCCCUUCGAUGAAUAUCCCGACCAGGUGCUUUGGAGGGCUCUUGAAGAGGUGGAGCUCAAAGAAGCAGUCAUGGAGUUACCAGCGGGACUCAGUUCGAGGAUGUCCGAAGGCGGCGGCAACUUUUCAGUUGGUCAAAGACAGCUGGUGUGCCUAGCGAGGGCCAUUGUGCGUCGUAACCGCCUGCUCGUGUUGGACGAAGCCACCGCUAACGUCGACCCUCAAACUGACGCCUUGAUCCAAACUACAAUAAGGAAUAAAUUUGCCGAUUGCACCGUCCUUACCAUCGCACACAGGCUACAUACAGUUAUGGAUUCCGAUAAGGUAUUAGUAAUGGAUGCUGGGCAAAUGGUGGAGUUCGAUCACCCACAUAUGCUACUGAAAAAGGAGGGAGGAAUCUUACGCGGCAUGGUGGACCAAACUGGCCGCGCCAUGGCAGAGACCUUGGCUAGAGUAGCUAUGCAGGCCUAUAACAAAAAACACUCUAAAGAUGCAGAAGAAACAGAGAAAUCAGUGUUGUAGUUACUGUUUCGCAUUAUCCAGUGAUCUUAUACAGAAUCUGUGAGUUUAUUUUCUCAAAGAAUAUGAAUAAUAUAUUCAUAUUUUAUACUACUUAGCCAAGUCCAUCCAAACAGCAGUUAAUUAAUUAUUAUCAUUGAUAUUAAUUGACUGUAGGUUUAUUUUGUUCUUCUUUGUUUACGUUUGAUAUCAAUGUUGCUUAUUGCAGUGAAAUCUCCUAAAUGAUAAGGUAUUUUGAUCUGGUAUCUUUUUUAUAUAGAGUAGUUGUUAACGAAACAAACUUACUAUGUGAAUUUUACAAAGGACAAGUGAUGUAUUUAUAAUGUUAUUAUUAAAUUUGCGGCACCGGAUAAAUUACUAAUUGCAGUACGUCUUUGUUGUAGAAUUCAAAGAAUUGCAGAAUUUAAUAUGAUACUUCAUGUAUAAAUAAAUUGUGAGACAAUAUUAAUAAAUAGGUACUUAAAUUAAUGAAUAUUUUUAUUAUUUGCAACAAUUUGAUUCAUGUCAAAGAACAUAGCAAAAACGUGAUAUAACAUGGAUCUAUUUAAAAGUUUUUUAUACCACCUGUAUCUUCAGGUACAGUAUAUUUUAUAAGCAAGGUAAUUUAGUGCGAUCGUGUGGUGCCGCAAGAGUAGGUGAUAAAUUGUUAUACAAGUUAAUGUUCGUGCCGUUUAAUACAAUUGCUAUGAUUUUGAGGCUAUGUACCGCUCAAAAGUUUCGAAAGAUAAUGUUCCUAAAAAUUAAACAAUUAAUUAAUCAUUUAUGUUACGUACAGAGUAAUAAGUUGAGAAUUAUAAUUAUUCGGUACAUUGUUAAUAAAUUAACAGUUAUUAAUGCUAACUUACUUUAUCACACUGACCGUAACAUAUUUAUUAUUUAUAAGAGUAUAAAUGAAGGCUGAUGUGGCGCUAACAAAAGUUUAAAUUAAAUGUUAAUAAAGCGAUAUGAAUUUUCGAAAUCCAUUGUUUCUAUAUUGUCGGUGUCGUUUAAAAAGAGCGUUGACGGCUUAAUCUAUUCAUUAUAACACAUUGCAAAUUCUUUAUUCAGAAGUAUUUUUGUCUUGCCUUUGACGGUAUAAAGGUUUGGGGGGAUUUUUACAACAUCCCUUUUUGAUCCCGAAAAAAUUUACGGUUCCUUUGCAAUAGAUCUUUAAGGGGCAAUUCUUUCACCUCUUCAUGUUAAAAUUGCAGAAAGGGUUCAGAUAAAAUUUGGUAAUACAUGGUAAUACAUACAUACUUUGAUACCAUUGAAAUCGGCGAGUUUUUGCUUUAUUAUUUCACGCAGCAUCUUUUUUCUCAUUUUCCAUUCUCUCAGGGUAGUAGCGUUAUGACUUCUUUUUUUUUAGUUAUUUGUAAAACAAAAAUCUCAGAAACGUUGGUAAGACAAUCAACGCUCUUUUUCCAUGACACCCUUAAACGUCUGAUCAAACUGGACAAAUUAUGUUAAGAAUUAUGGAUAAAAAGUGAAGUUUUGUUACGACUACAGAUAAGUAGUCUACAGACAUUCGUUUUUAAUAAUGGGUUUAAAGUUAAGCAAAGUAAAAGCCCGCAAACGCGAUUCGCAACAUCUUUCUUAUAUUUACGAGUUAGUCAAAAGAAGUUAAUAGACGCUAUGGGCGCGAGGAACUUUCGUCUUGCAUCCCGCGCUUAAUUCGCCUCAGUUUGAACAGAGUUUAUUAAUAAGGGGAUUAAUAAUUAUUGGGACCAGUGACCUCUACUUUAUUUUUCUAUGAUGCGACGUAUUGAAUACGGUAUAACUUACGCCAAUUCAGCGUUCAUUUUAAAUCUUUUAAGGUGCUAGUACUGAGUACUUAAUUUUAAGUAGUCAAAUACAAUUCUUAAUUUAAUUUGAUAAUUAUUUUCGAUCUAAUUUGAUAAUUCUUUUCGAUCUAAAAACUCAAUCAUGGUUAUGUUUACUUAUAUGCUUGUACUUAUAGUGAUAGAAUGUUAAAUUUUUUGUGAUCUUAUUGGUUACCUAUUUAUGUAAGGAAUUGAUGGUGAAUUUGGUAAGACUUUACAUUGUUGGUAAAGUUGUCGAAUGAUUCAUGAUGAUACGGAGGCGUUGUGAUGUGAUGUGAAUUCAAUGUACUUAGUGCCUGAAUGCUGAUUUAGUGAGAAUUUGUUAUAUUACAAUUAAAUACAAUUUUUAUAUUUGCAAG